CCACAGGAAGAAGAAACUCUCCCCCCCCCCCCCUGUAAUUAGGCUUCGAGUCUUUUACUAUCCUUUCCUCUGAGCUAUCUGGGCAUGAACUUCCCUCGUUCUCUGAAUUCCCACAUUACAUUCAUCCUCACGACCUGCUGCUUUCGCCAUAAAUUUUAGACAAAAAAACCCAUCAUCACUCUCCUUUUACCUUUCCUCAUCACCUUCAUCAUCGUCCUUAAUAUGAUCCCUUAACUUCAAAUCUCUGAACCCCCUUCAGUUUCUUCAAGGUCUAUCUAUGGCGGCGGGUGGAAAACUCUUUGGGGCAUCCAACAUGACAGCACUCUUUCUCCAAAACGAAAGAUUCCCUCCCUCUUCUGACGUUCUCGACUCUCUCUGGCCUCACACCUCUAAUCCCACUUUCCCAGGAUCAAAAUCUGUGAUGAAUUUUGAGAGACUGGGUGGGUGCAGAGUGACAGACAGGCAAUUUCUGCAAGGAGUGGAGAAACAAGAGACAGGGGAGGAAGAUUACGAGGUUUGCUUUCAUCAAGCUGGGAAGAAGAGGAGGCUCACUAGCGAGCAAGUUCAGUUUCUGGAGAAGAACUUCGAGGUCGAAAACAAGCUUGAACCAGAGAGGAAGGUUCAGCUGGCGAAGGAGCUAGGUUUGCAGCCAAGGCAAGUGGCUAUAUGGUUCCAGAACAGAAGAGCAAGGUUCAAGACCAAACAGCUCGAGCAAGAAUAUGGCAAGUUGAAAGCCAGCUAUGAUAAACUCAAGAGUGACCAUGACGAUCUUGUCAAAGAGAACGACAAGUUAAAAGAAGAGGUGAAAUCCUUAAAAGACAGAUUGAAUGCGAGAGAGAGAAAGAAAGAAGAUUCUCACAAGUCAGGGGCCAAUGUAGAUCCUGGAGAUGCAGAAGCAGUGAAUUCCACAGAAGGAGAGCCGCAAGAUGAUGGAACCAAAGAGGGAGGAGGAGCAACGCCGAAGGGAAUAAUUACGAUGUGGAAGCAGCACCAGGAAGACGCAAAUUCAUCGGCGAAAAGCGACGUGCUGGAUUCGGAGGACACGGCGGAGGCGAACCACCAUUCGUCGAUGAUGCAGCAGGAACCGGCGGAUUCGUCGCCGGCCGUGGAAGCGGAAGCUGCAGAGCACUCAGAUUUCUCCCAGGACGAAGAAGACGAUAACCUGAUGAUGAGAAGCAACCUCCUGAAUCUGGCAUGCUUUCCGAAGGUUGAAGAAGAUGGAUGCUACGCCGGCGAUGAUCCUCCGGAAGGUUGUUGUAACAAUUUUGGAUUCCCUGUUGAAGAUCACACUUUCUGUUUUUGGCCUUACUGAGUUGAUCGAUCGCUCGCUCGUCAGUCAUCACUCUCUCUCUCUCUCUCUACUGAUACACACCGUUAUCACGCUCCAUGUUUGUAACUUCAUGUGUAAGAAACAAAGUAAAAUAAAAUUAAAUAAAUUGUAUUACAGUGUUGCUCAUCGCAUGAUGCUAUAUCAAUCCGGAAAUUCUUCUCGUCAA